UUGAUGCGGAAGAGAAAGAGCUGCGUGACGAAGGCACACGGUGAGCUUUAGCUUCUCUGCAGACGUAUGGACAAUAUAUUUAAUGCUUUCUCAGCACAUUUGGAUACUUUAAACUGAAGACAUUUGUUUAGUGAAGUCUAAAGUGCAAGAGGCUGACAAAAUGGCAAGCAACGUAGAAGAGGACAUGGAUAUUGAUAAUGUUGACUCCAAAUUUCCUGUGCCAAAACAAGCUCCCCACUCCGCAGACGAUAAUGAGACCUCCACACCACCACAGCCAAUACAAGUUGACGACUCUGAAGAUACUGACAUAAGUGUGGCAACACUGAAAGUACGUGUGACGCCGCCAGAGUUAGCUGAACCAAAAAAGUUUAAAAAUACCCUCACCAAGACUCUGCAGAGCUGGGCCAAUAAAAACGGAGUGAAAGGGGAGUUUACAGCCACUGAGAUCUCUGCAGAUGGGGCGACUGCUGUCAUUUCUGUCACACCUGCAGCAGCUCUCUCUGAGCUUCUCACACUUGGUGGGAAAACGUUAGCUACCAAAGACCAAAAAAAUUUUUCCAUUACACCAAUUGUUGAAAAUGAUGUGCCCCAAACACCUCCAGUCAAGCAGAAAUCUGUGAAAUCUCCACAGGACCUGUCAGAUGAACAUCUUGUGAACUCUCCUGCGGAUGACAACAGUGAUAACCAUCUCGUGGCUUUGGGCCCUUACUGGUACAUGAAGAACUUUCACGCAGACAAGAUAGAAUGCAUCGAGAGACAAAAUGGCGUCAAAAUUACUGAAAAUGUGGCAGUGUCCAUCAAAGCUGACAAGAAAGACGCAGAUCUCCAAAAGGCAUCAGAUGAUUUCAUUAAGCUGGUCCAGUCUUGCCUCAAUGAAUCCAGUGGUAUAGUUCUCCCUCUCAAAGCAGUAGGUCCCGAAGAGUGGAAGGAAACACUGAACAUCCUACAAUCAACAGAUGAGAAAUAUCAGAUCACGAUUUCAGAUAACCAAAUCAAAAUUGUUGGCCCUCAGCAAACCGCCAUCUAUAAGUCCCUUAAACGCACCAAAAUUAGCACUAAUCUAACUGACGAAAAAAGAAUUGAUGACCACAGAAGAGGUAACGCCAAGGUUUAUACCAACUCUCACAGCGAAGACCGCAGUUAUCCAAAUCGAAACAAAAUUAAGAUCAAUUCAAGCAUUAAAGAUCCGUUUGUAUGUGAUGGGUUGCCAGUUGAAGAAUAUUACUGGGAUCUAAUUAAAAAACAGUACCCAAAAGAAUUAGGUCGGAUUGAGACCAAGUUUAAUGUCUGUUUUAAAGAUGCUGACAGUAAAGGCCAAAAAGUGAUCAAAGUGUAUUACAACAGAUCUGAAGGAAAUGUGCAAAUGGAAAGCCACGCUAUUAGAGCACUGCUGCGACUCUACCAGAAGGUGGCGACAUCCCUGUUCUUGAAAAACAACGGGGCGUUUCAUGAUGGUGAUGAUGACGAUGUGGAAGAUCUGUACAGUGCCUCCGAUGAACCGAAAGGAGCCACUGGCAAAAAUGAUGCACCAGAUGAGAAAAGUAGCACCAAUGGAUUGACAGAAGGGGGCGCUGUGAAAAAACAAUUUGAUGCUGAAGCUAAGAAGGAUGAGAAAGAUGAUACCUGUCCUGUGUGCUUAGAUACUUUCACCAAGAAGACACAACUCAAAUCUUGUAAACAUGAAUUUUGUGAGGAGUGUCUGGAGCGAUCAGUGAAAACCCAAGGAGCCAUAUGUCCAGUGUGUAAAGACGUGUUUGGUAAGGUGGAAGGAGACCAGCCUCAUGGGAAUAUGACAUGGAGAAAAAGUCGCUCAUCCAUCCCUGGGUACGAGGGCUUUGGCAGUAUAGAGAUCAGCUAUGACAUCCCAAGUGGAAUUCAGACGGCUAAACACCCCAGUCCUGGACAAUGGUAUAGUGGAAUAAACAGAACAGCAUAUCUACCAGACAACAGAGAGGGUAACGAGGUUCUGUUUCUGCUGAGGAAAGCCUUCGACCAAAAACUCAUCUUUACUGUGGGAACAUCACGGACCACUGGAGCCAACAAUAUGGUCACAUGGAACGAUAUUCACCACAAGACUUCUAUAUACGGUGGACCCCAGAGUUUUGGUUACCCUGACCCUAAUUACCUGAGCAGAGUCAAAGAGGAGCUGAAGGCAAAAGGCAUCAAGUGAAUAUUAUCUUAUCUUAAAGGAGCUGUACCUGAUUUUAUUUUAUUUUUUUUUAUAAUUAGAUGCAGACAACACACAACAGUCUUUUGUUGACCUGAAGAGCUGAAAAAACAGAGUACAGCCAAUUUAAAGUAAUAAUCUUUGAUAUUAUUUUGCCUCUAAUAACUACAAAUCACCUUAUGUUAUUUUUAAUGAAGUACUUGUAAUUUAGUUUGUAAAUACAGAAUUUGAUUUCCUGUAUUAUUGUUAAAAUCUUUGACCACAGUGAUAAAUGAAGCUUGUUCCUAUUAGAGACAAUCCAUGUGAGAACUAUCUCCUAUGGAUUACACAGCAGAGUGGCAAUAAAGAAAAAUGGCAGAGAAGGUUCAAUCAGAAAGGAGAGUAUAGAAAGGUGCCAAAUGAAACAACUUACCUGCUGAGUUUUAGAUUAUAUACAUAUUUACAGACCUAUAUAACAUUUAAUGGAAAUGGGGAAUGUAAGAGUUUAGCAUGUUUAGGAGCUUAUAUAUACAAAUAUUAAGGUUAAGGUUUACUUCAUUGCUACAAGAUAGAUUUUUUUGUGUGUCUGUAGACUAGUCAUGCUACUAUUGGCCCAUAGGAUAUACGGCCAGUUCUUAAAGCCACAGUAUGUAACUUUUCAGCCAAAAAUAGACCAAAUUAAAAGCACGAUUUGUUAUUUUUUUCUUGUUGCACCCAAAAAAACAUAACAAAAGCACAAGUUCUUGCUAUGGACGGGCUUGCAUCUCCACAAACCUGACUUCUUAUUUGGCCUUUUGCAUGUUACCAUGGAAAUGUUUUGGCUGUAGAGUUGUUAAGUGAUGAUGUCAUUUCCGGGUCCAACCAGUAACUUUACAGAUUUUCACCUUUGUUUUUGUUUUUAUUCAUCAAACAAGAGACAGUUAAUAGUGUUGUAGUGCUCCUCGGCCUUGAGACAGUUUUUUUGCGGUCUUGGUCUCGUUUCGGACUUGAAGGCGUUUGGACUCGGUCUUGUCUCAGUCUUGAGGUCUCACCUUCGACGAGUGAUAAAAUGGAGCCAGAUUUAUAAACUGGACUGGUCUUGGUCUCGAUUAGUGACUACAACACUAACAGUUAUCUUUCAAAAGUGUAUGUUUAACCACAAAUGUUGUCAAAUAUGCAAAUAAUAAUUGAUCAUAUCAUAGUGUUACCAGUGUGUAUAUCUCACUAACACUAACUUAUCUCACCCUCCCUCAACCGCAGAUCCCUGCUUACUGUUUAAGCUUCAAAUUACUGCAAUCUCUUUUUAACUUGAAAUGUGCUGUCUCUAAAAAAAAAAAAAUCUGUAAAUUAUAAAGGUGUAUUGUUUUCAAAUAGGUGAUGGAUCCGGAAGUGACGUCACUCUGAACAACUCUGUGCUCUUCCACAAUAUGGCAUAAAACAUAUUUAUCUCCAUGCAGAAUGUUCCGUAGUAUGGUUUUAACUUUCUAUUUCCAUGGAUUUAUCAAUUGGCCACCUCCUGGAAAUUACAUACUGUUCCUUUAAAACUGAUUACUUUAAGUACCUGGAAUCAGAGGUGGGACUUGCAAGUCGUGAUUUGGACUUGAUUUUGUAAGACUUGUGUUAUUAUUUUAGGACUUGAGACUUGACUUGAUAAAAUGGACUAAGACUUGGGACUUGACUCGGACUUGAGGCCUGUGACUUGAGAACACUUAAUGCUUCUCCUAAAAAAUAUGUUUUAGAAAAUACUCUUCUCUUUACAGCUGAUAAAUGCAUAGCUGAAUUUUACAGGAACAAACUGGAACAUGUCCCUCCCACUUCUGUUUGUUACUUUGGAUGGAACUGAAGUACUUUGAUAUGUAUCCUCAAAUGUACUACAGUAAUAUACAGUACAAUACAGUAAAACAGAGGGAACUACGUAGAAAAUGAUCCUUCCAUUUCCGUGCAGACUACGUGACAAAAUAAAUUAUUAAAACUUUUACAUCUGAAUUCUUUGUGUUCUGACUGUAAUGAUUCACACUAAGAUCUUGUCAAGACAUUUAAAAAGGAAAUAUUAGCAUUUGCACAACUCACUCAAUACUCAAUACAAUGUGUAAAUAUACCAGGACAUUUUAAGUACAAUUUAAUUUAAAAUUGAUAUGAACGUAAAAAAAAAACAACUAAGCUUUGAUUUAAAGACUUGAAAUGACUUGAUUCUCAAAACAGAGGACUUGGAUUUGACUUGGACUUAUGGGCCAGUGACUCGAGACUCGACUUGGACUUGCCUGUAUUUGACUUGGGACUUAACUUGGACUUGAGGUCAAAGACUUGAGACUUACUUGAGACUUGCAAAACAACGACUUGGUCCCACCUCUGCCUGGAAUGAAACGUUUGUGGUUUUUACUUUACAGUUGAUUUGCACUUUCUGUUUCUCCAUAAAUGUAUCCAUGGAUGAUAAUGUGCUGUCUUUAAACGAAUGAAUAAAACACAAUGAACCUUU